AUGGAUUUAGUAAACCACCUCCCAGACCGUUUAUUAUUUGCAGUCCCAAAGAAGGGUCGUUUAUACGAAAAAUGCUGUGGUCUCCUUAGUGGUGCCGAUAUCCAAUUUAGACGUUCCAAUAGAUUGGACAUUGCUCUUUCUACGAAUUUACCAGUCGCUUUAAUCUUCUUACCGGCUGCUGAUAUCCCGAUUUUCGUUGGUGAAGGUAAUUGUGAUUUGGGUAUUACUGGUUUCGACCAAAUCAUGGAAGCUGAUAUGUUUGACUCUAUUGAAGAUUUGUUGGAUUUAGAAUUUGGUAAAUGUAAGCUUCAAAUUCAAGUUCCUGCUGAGGGUCCCUACAAUGAAGCAAAGGAUUUGAUUGGUAAAAAGAUUGUUUCAUCCUUCACCAAACUUGCAACUGAUUUCUUUAACAAAUUGGAGAAGGCUGAAGGUACCCCUGAAGGCACUACCAACUUUAGAUAUGUUGGAGGUUCGGUUGAAGCUUCUUGUGCUCUUGGGGUUGCGGAUGCCAUUGUAGAUCUUGUCGAGAGUGGUGAAACUAUGAAGGCUGCAGGUUUGAAACCAAUUGAAACCGUAUUAACCACAUCCGCUCACUUAAUUUCUUCAAAGAAGACUAAGUUCCCAGAAUUAGUUUCCACAAUCCAUCAAAGAUUCGAAGGUGUUUUGGCUGCUCAAAGGUAUGUAUUGUGUACAUAUAACGCACCAAGAUCCAUCUUAAGCAAAGCAUUGGAAAUUACUCCAGGUAGAAGAUCGCCUACAGUCUCUGCAUUAGAGUUGAAGUCUGGCGAGACUGAAGAAUGGGUUGCUGUUUCUGUUAUGGUUGAAAAGAAGGCUAUCAGUACCAAGAUGGAUGAGCUUAAGGCCGUUGGAGCUUCUGACAUUUUGGUGUCUGAUAUCAGCAACUGUCGUGUCUAA